AUGAGUUCUGCGAGCAACAGCCUGCAGUCCUUGCUCAGCCUUGUUCGCACUGCCCAGCAGCAGCUGGCUGUCGAUUUGAGCGGCCGCCGAUUUCACGAUCAUUACGCUACUCGCAUUCAGGCAGUCUGGCGACGUGCAGUGGCACGCCAGCGGGUGGCAAAUCUUGUGGCAUGCAACUACACGGAGCGCUUGCUCAGCACAUGUUGCGAGCAGCUCACCGCUCGAAUGCAAGCGAAGGCUUUUGUUGCAGCCCGGAACCAUCAAAUUCGACGAUUGCGGGAAGAAGUUACGAAGUUCAGUGGCUUCGUGUCCUACCUCUACCGUCGAGAGCGGGAGAUUCAGAUCCAGGAGCACCUCGACAACGAGAAGCAUCGCCUGCGAGCCGUGCUUCUGAUCCAGGCAUGGUGGAAGGGCUGUUUGGUGCGAGGGUUUGAAGCUGCACACAAAGCGAAAGAGCAACGAGAUCAGCUCAGGCUAAUGGCUUCUUCCCAACCAAGCUCGAAGCAUGAAUCAGCCAGUGCACUAGCUACGUUCUUCGACAAUCCUUCAAGGACAAUUCAGCAGGUGCCCGACGUUGGGGUGGAAGAGAAGGAAAACUCUUCGUCGGAUGAGUCCAAAGCCAGACAGGACGAGCCCACCCCGAGGUACAAGCUGCCGCUGAGGAGACUCAGCCGGACGGGCGGCUCUGAGGCAGAAGAGAGGGUUCACCAGCGACCGCGGCAGAUUCACAUCUACUUCUCUGAUACGGGGGGUGGCCAUCGCGCCUCCGCGCUGUCUUUGGAGGCGGCUCUGAAGAAGCUCUAUGGAAACCAGGUUUCGGUGACCCUUGUCGAUUUCAUAAGACAUGCAAUGCCGUGGCCACUGUCGCAGGCACCAGAAACCUACCAGACAUUGGGUCACUUCCCUUCGGUGUACAAACGCGCCUGGGACUAUGAUCAAGACAGCGAGACAUGGUGCGACACUACAAGCUACAAGAUGAUGUGGAGUUACUGCCGGGAGUCCGUCCUCAAUUAUUUAGAGCAGGCUGCGUUGGAGUUAGACCUCAUCAUCUCUGUUCAUCCACUGAUUCACCACGUGGUGAUUGAAGCACUGGAAGAACUUGCACGAGGUUCCGGUUCACAACCACCCGCAAGCCGCCAGGACUUGUGCCUGCCGGUUGUCACAGUUGUGACAGACUUGGGAUCUGCGCAUCUGUCCUGGUUUGACCCGCGUGCCGACAUGUUGUUUGUCCCGAGUCAGGAAAUAUACCAAGCCGCCAUCAAACGAGGAGUGCCGAGGAGGAAGAUCCACUUGUGUGGCCUUCCGCUGAGGGAAGGCUUUUGGUGUGCCGAUCCUGUGUCUCCUGACCAAAAGCGCCAGCUGCAGGCUCAGUUGGGACUUCGACCCACGGAACGGCCCGAGGUUGUGCUCCUCAUGGGAGGUGGUGAGGGCUUCGGGAGGCUCUUGGAUGUGGCCUGUGCCAUCGGCGACACCUUGAUCGGCCGUGGCUAUGGACAGCUUGUGGUUGUUUGUGGUCGGAACGAAGAGGUCCGGAAAGCCUUGGUUGAGCGGCGCUGGACGCCCCGUGGCUUUGGGGAAUGGCUUUUCGAACCCUUGAUUCUGGGUUUCGUCACAAAUGUGGAUCAGUACAUGACAGCUGCAGACUGUCUGGUGACGAAGGCAGGACCCGGAUCUAUUGCUGAGAGCAUGAUCAAAGGUCUGCCAUGCCUUCUGACGGCUUUCGUGCCUGGCCAAGAGGAAGGCAAUAUCAGCUACGUCACCGACAACGGUGCAGGUGCCUACGUCUCGGAUCAGGAUCCACAUCUUGUGGCAGCCAAGAUUGAAGAGUGGUUGAAGGACCCGCCCACUUUGGAAAGGAUGUCUGAGAACGCGCGAAGAUUAGCACAGCCUGAUGCUGCGCUGGAAAUUUCCCGGAGGAUGUGCGAUAGCCUCCUUGAUCUCGGCGUGGAGCUUGAAGAGGUGCGUUCCGGAAGUUUCGGGACGACAUGGAGGAAUCAGUUGUUGCAUCGCAAGGAGCAGCGCCGCAAAUCAAGACAAAAAUCAACGGGUGAAGCUGCAACCAGCGAGGAAUCAUAUUACUUGCAGCGUUCAGAUAUUGGCUCCAGUCUCCUGUGCUUAGGUCUCUGGAGGUCUGGUCUGUGGGUCAUGAUAUUCAGACUAGUGUUGGUGGCCCUGCCCUUGCUAGUUGUGCGGUCUGCGAUCCCGCCAUGUGCUAUCAAAGGCACGGCAUACAAGGACCCUGAAGUUACAAAGCCCAAUGGGGGCAAACCCUACGACGCCUUGGCGUGCCAGAUGUACUGCGAGACCAACCCGGACUGCACCGUCUUCACCUACUACAAAGACUCCAAGGACUGCUGGCUUUUAGGCACCGCCGUGGUGGAUCCAACGGGAAAUGGAGACGACGUGAUUAGCGGGCCCGAAGACUGCAACCACCUACUUCCCGGCACUGCGGGGAAGAUCGAGCCGAACCCUUUGCGGCAGUAUCCCGGCGUCGUGGUGAAGUCUGAGGAGCCCGCCGUCUCAGCGCGGGAGGCGGCCGUGUCGGACAGCGCCGUGGCCGACUCGGAGCCUCCGAGCUCGGGCUUCCCCUGGGCGUGGCUACUUGGAGGAUGCGCCGUUGGUGCUGUGCUGGUGGGUGUCUACUGGUGUGCAGCAGGCGAGAAGCGAGCAAGAGGGAAGACCUCUCGCGGGACGAAGGUUGAAGCCGACCUGGAGAUCCCUCAGAGUGACCAAAUGCCACUAGUGGAGCCGAGAGGUCCUCUGGCGAACCCUGCGCAGCCGGCAUGGAUCGCGGCACCUCCAGUGCCGCAGUACUACUCUCAACAGCUCCAAAUGCCAGCCCCGCUUCACCAGCCCAGCUAUCUGAGCUAUCCAAAUCAGGCUUGCCAAGAGUGGGUGGGGGGCUGCGAAUGA